ACUUCAUUCCCAACAACACCCAACCUCUCUUGUCGCGAAUCUCUGCCUCGCACGAAUAUCUACGCUAUCCAACCACCCUCGCCAAGAUGCCCAUUUCCAUCCUCGCUUUCUACACACGUGACCCAGAUCUGAGCCCGGAGGAGUUCCAAACUUACAUGGAAGGCACCCACAUGCCGCUUGUCAAAGAAAUAUUCGGAGAUCAGGCUCCCUUGUCCUGUACGCUGCGCUUCCCGGUGCGCGUCAAGUCUGGAGCUGGAGAUCGAUUAGGUGCGCCGACGUCAACUCAGAAACGAGCCGAUCCAGAUGCACCAGUCGUCCUCGUCGGAGAGCCGAGUGACUUGGAAUGGGAUGCGAUGAGCGAGUUCACGUUUCGAGAUGAGCUGCAUGUACAGCAGUGCUUGUCCAUCUUGAACAGCCCAGAUGGACAACGGCUGACAGAUGAUGAGGAAAAGUUUACGGUACCGGAGAAGCUUCGCGUGGUUCUGAUGGGCAAUAUGGGCCCUGCGAUGCAGAUCUAGUGCGAGAAGACAUGUACGAUGCGGGGUGUAACAAUACGGGACGAACUCAAUUGCAUAAUCAGGCAAUACUAGCGGUUUUAUUGGGGAAAAUUCAUUGACGUUGCUGGGAACCACCACAUUUGGAGUCUGGCAGGAGUUUUUUUGGUGGCGGCGAACAUGGGGGGCAACGAUCUGACUCGCCAAUACCAACCCCGGGCCCAGUCAGCUGCUAGAAACCGCUAUACGAGAUUUUGAAAUUACUUGUUGAUAGAAAAAUUCAAGUCGCCAACUCCGAACCAGCUCA